AAAUUGGGAAAAACUGUAGAAACCAAAGAUGAGCGAUUUGAACAAAGUGCUGGCAACUUCUACCAACAACAGGCUUCUCUGUAGCAUCGGACUCUGCUGAUCCUUUCUCUGAUUUUCUCUUCGGUCCUCACUUGCUGUGAUGCACUGCACAAUCCCACUUUUCCAGCUCUGACAGUGCUUUCCACUCUUCAAGACUGUCUGUGUCCUUACAGCCUUUCAGCCCGGCUUUCAGCCAUUUGAGAGGGACUUUGAACCUGAAGUAUGGUCAGAAUUUGGACUGGCUCAGAAGUGGACUCUGGAAGCAAAAAGAUAGGCAGAAGGCCACAAGCUGAACAAGGACCUGAAAAACUUCCUUAGUGCAGUCAAAGUGAUGCAUGAAAGUUCAAAGAGAGUGUCAGAGACGCUGCAGGAGAUCUACAGCAGCGAGUGGGAUGGGCAUGAGGAGCUGAAGGCCAUUGUAGGGAAUAAUGAUCUCCUUUGGGAAGACUAUGAAGAGAAAUUGGCUGACCAGGCUUUGAGGACCAUGGAAAACUAUGUAGCUCAGUUCAGCGAGAUUAAGGAGAGAAUUGCCAAGCGGGGUCGGAAACUUGUGGACUAUGACAGUGCACGACACCACCUGGAGGCGGUGCAGAAUGCUAAGAAGAAAGAUGAGGCCAAGAUUGCCAAGGCAGAGGAAGAGUUCAACAAAGCCCAGCUUGUAUUUGAAGAUCUGAACCAGGAGCUACUGGAGGAACUGCCUGUUCUUUAUAAUAGUCGUAUUGGCUGUUAUGUGACCAUCUUCCAAAAUAUUUCCAACUUGAGGGAUGUCUUCUACAGGGAGAUGAGCAAGCUGAACCAUAGUCUCUACGAAGUGAUGAGUAAACUGGAGAAGCAGCAUUCCAACAAAGUCUUUGUGGUGAAGGGAAUGCCAAGCAGCAGCAGUAGGCGCUCUUUAGUCAUCUCUGCUCCAGUUCGAACAUCCGCCAUCCCCAGCCCUGUUACCUCACCUACCAGUCCCUCUACACUUUCUUUGACGAGUGAGAGUGAAGCAACUGAGGAAGAGCUGCCACCUGAUGCAGCCCCUGGAGAAGAUCGUUCUGAGAUUCAAGAGGAGUCCUUGAAAGAUGAGGGAAUGGAAGAGGAAGGGUCUGAAGCAAGCUCCUCUGAGGAGGAAGAGCCUUUGCUGGCCUGCAAUGGGCCAAGCCAGCCCCAGCCCUCUCCCACCACCGAGGGGGACAAAACCCAGCAGGAAGUUCUCCCUUGCUCCUCAGCUCCAUCACCAGACAGAGCUCUGACCCCUUCAGAGCAGUCUCCUUCUCUCCCAGAAAUAACCCUUCGAACCCGCGCCUCAAGCGAAGGAUCUGAAUCACCAAAGAGAGCCUCUAUCCAGAGGACCUCGGCACCCCCUAAUCGGCCUCCUCCACCCAAAGCCCCACCAAGCCCUAGGGCCCCCUUGGAGACUGGGACUCCAAGUCCUGGGGCCUCCUUAGAGGCCUCUCCUAAUCCAGAACCACCAGAGAAGCCACUGAGGUCUCCUGAGGCCAGAGAAAAGGAGAAUACCCCUGAACAGAACCCAGAAGGACUUUGCAUUUCCCCCAACUUGCAUACUUCUCAGGGUUUUUCAGAGCCUGGAGAUUUGAAGAAGAUGGGAGACGAAGAGACCAAUAAGCUUAUCUCAGCUGAUUCUCCUGAGAGCCACAGUGAUCCUGGGGUUCCAGGAGAAAAUGACGUCACAGCACCUGAGCCUCAAGAAGAGGUAUCCACAAGUGAAAAUGUACAACUCUGAAGAGAAACUGCCAAGACCUGCCCUACACACAUCUUCCCAGAGAAACUUCCCAACCAGAGGGGAAAUAAAACCAGCAUUCACUUCUGGCUUCUCAGGGGGUAUGAGCGCUGGUUGUCUCGAAAGACCUGGCAUUAAAGGGAGCUGAGGAGCAGCCUUAUGGGAGGGAGGGAGGGAAGCAGGGAGGGAAGCAGGCUCGGAGAAGAAACUGUGAGACUCAGGGAAUAUUUUCAUUCCGGUUUUAGCAUUAUCAAAAGAGUCACACUUCACAUGAUAAUAUGGGCCAUGACAUAAGAAGCAAUAGUGUCUAUAGACACAUGACAGUUGUCCACAGUGAGACAAAGCCACACAUACCCGGAAGACAGAGAACAAACCUGCUUUUGACUUACCACUCACUUUGCAAGACUCAAAGCCAAUACAACAUAUUUUCAGAUUGUUAAAUAAAGUAUGGUUUCGAUUAUAUACGGAUCCUUGUCUUGACAUAGGGUGCUACUCCGGCCGAGCACACUGUUUCCCACGUAGGUAAGGUUAUUGAUUUUGCCCCAAGCUCAGAAAGCUUUAGUCAUAUCCCUCAUGCCCAGCUC